AUGUUAGAAGUGUUGAAUGGUUUCCUCUUGGUUUAUUUUUUAAUAUUAUGCACACUUAGUGCUUUAGUGCCUGUUUUGGUGAAACCGAUUGCAGCAUGUUUUUCACGCUCUUCGUAUGAAGAACGCAAGUUAUGGGAUGAAAUCCUAACGAUUAAAGCUGAACAGAGACAGAUAUCCAUGAAAGAUGAGUUUGCUGCAUAUUCAAAACUUCAAAGGAAAAUAAAUAAACUGGAAGUUGUUCUAAAGGAAAAAACACAGUCUCGAUUGAACAAGACCUCAGCAGCUAAAGGCACGAUACAUGUGGUCUUUCAAGCGGUAAUUGCAAUUACUAUUAUUGUAUCAGUUAUAUUUUACAGACGCGAGCCUAUAGUGGCUUUAAAAGGAGAUCUUUUCCCAUUUUCUACAUUUCUUAAGUAUCCCAGUGACACUCCCAAUGCAAUAUCUACACACAUGUGGGUCAUAAUGUCCAAUGUUUCAUUAAGGACUUUGUUAAAACCAAUAGUAUCAUGA